UACAACAUUUCUCAACAAAGUAAACAUUGUAUUUUCAUUUCUAGCUAAUGGCUUUGCCCAUAUUUUCUUCUCCCUCAUUUACAUUUAACAAAACCUUUUCUCCCAAAAAUGGGUCAUUAUCUCUAGCAAUAAAGAACUCCAAUUUCACUCUUCCAAUUCAUUGCAAGGCAACAUCUCAUGAAGUUGCAAAUGAUCAUCAAAAUGAAGCAAUUCCUAGACGAUCUUUUACAUACCAACCUUCAGUUUGGAGCAAUGAUUAUAUCCAAUCAUUAAAUAGUGAAUAUAAGGAAGAAAUUUAUGCUGAGAAAUCUAGAGUGUUAAGAGAAGAAGUAAGGAUGAUGUUCAACAAAAUUGAAAAUGAGGUUGAUCAAAUGGAGUUUAUUGAUGUAAUCCAAAGGCUUGGAGUGGCUUACCAUUUCAAGAAUGAAAUAAAAAACAUAUUGGACACUAUUUACAACAACCAAACAUCCAAUUUGAAGAAGAAUUUACAUGCCACAGCUCUCAAGUUUAGACUCUUGAGACAACAUCGUUAUGAUAUAUCUACAGAUGUUUUUGAUUGCUUUCAAGAUGAAAUUUGUGAUUUUAAGAAAAAUCAAUUAGCAGAUGUUGAGGGAAUGUUAUCAAUGUAUGAAGCUUCAUUUCAUUCAUUUGAAGAUGAAACUACAUUAGAUGAAGCAAGAGAUUUCACAUCAAAGUUUCUCAAAGAAUUUUUGAAUCAAAAUGGAGAUAGUCAUAUGUCACUUCAAAUAAGUCAUGCUUUGGAGCUUCCAUUACAUUGGAGAGUUUCUCGAUGGGAGGCUCGUUGUUUCAUCAAUAUAUACGAAAAACAACAAAAUAAGAAUGAUGUUUUACUUGAGUUUGCUAAAUUGGAUUUCAACAUUCUUCAAAGCAUCUACCAAGAAGAACUAAAGUAUACCUCUAGAUGGUGGAAAAACACUGAAAUUGAAGAAAAGUUGAGAUUUGCUAGGGAUAGAACUGUUGAGAACUUUGUUUGGAAUGUGGCAAUGAGUUUCAAUCCAGAAUUUGAAUAUUUUCGGAAAGUGUUGACAAAGGUUAACACUUUAAUUACCAUAAUUGAUGAUGUUUACGAUGUGUAUGGAACUUUGGAAGAACUAGAGCUCUUCACAGAAGCAAUUGACAGAUGGGAUCUAAAUUCCAUGGAUUCUCUACCACACUACAUGAAAAUAUGCUAUCAUACGCUGGAUGACUUUGUCAAUGAAGUUGAAUUUGAAAUAUUGAACAAGACUGGGUACUCUAUCAUCCCAUACCUAAAAAAAGCAUGGACAGAUCUAUGUAAAGCAUACUUAAUUGAAGCAAAGUGGUAUCAUAGUGGAUAUACUCCAACCUUUGAGGAAUACAUAGAGAAUGCAUGGAUAUCUAUAAGUGCACCUCUUAUGCUUAUUCAUGCUUACAUUUCGAUUCCAAAUUCAUUCAAAAUAGAAGAUUUGUAUCAUUUAGAAGAAAACUCCAACAUAAUUCGAUAUUCAGCAAUGAUCUUACGACUUGCUAAUGACCUCGGAACAUCUAAACGUGAAACUGAAAUAGGUGAUAUUCCAAAAUCAAUACAAUGUUAUGUGAACGAAACUGGUGCUUCUGAAAUAGAGGCUCGUGAGCAUGUAAAGUCUAUGAUAUAUACAAUUUGGAAGAAGAUGAAUAAAGAAGAAUGCAAUUCUCCUUUCUCUAAAAGUUUCAUAGAUAUUGCGAUAAAUCUCGGUAGAAUGGCAUUAUUCAUGUACCAGCAUGGAGAUGGUCAUUCCAUUCAAGAUUCGGAAAUUCAGAAUCGUAUCCAAUUAUUAAUUUGGAAGCCCAUUCCUAUUAUAUCUAAAGAAUAUUAAUGGUUAAACUAUAGCUUGUGUGCGCUUUUGGCCAUCUCAAUAGCCAUCCAAUUUUAAAAUUUAUAUGUAAUAUGUUUUAAAUUUAAAUGAUGAAUAAAUUGCAACUUUUACUCAUUA